AUGGCGAUGCAUUUUAGUGGCCGUUUGGUGGCAGGAGGGAAGCGCACACGCAAAAGCAGCAAAGCAAUUCAGUUAGUAGGAACAAGGGUAGUGCAUCGGGUUUCUCAGCAUACUGAAUACAACAAGUCGAAAGUCCAUGUGAUAUUUAAGGGAAUUGGUACCUCCCGUCUCCUGUUUCUCUUUCUCAUUUGCACUUACGCGCCGCAAGCGGGUUUGGACGAAGAGGUCAAAAGACGCUUCUGGAAGGCGUUGGAUGAGGUGGUGCGGGGUACUUCACCUACGGAGAAGUUAUUUAUAAGAGGGGAUUUUAAUGGUCAUAUUGGGACAUCUGUUGGUGGCUAUGGCGAGGUGCACGGUGGCUUCGGAUUUGGGCUCCAACAUGACAUCAAGGUUGGAACUCCAUGCUCGUAUGCCUUCAAUGAGGCAACUCCGAACUCGCAAGCAACGACCUUCGAGCCUAAGCAAACUCGAUACUCGCAGACUUUCACCAAUCGACACUCACUGAAAAACCCGAGGCCAUAA